AUUUGAUCUACUCGACAAAUGACAUUGCUGGCAAAUCUCAAAUGCCUGCGCUGCCUCACUGCUCGCCUGACAGCCCCCGAGCACCUGCUGCUCAAGAAUGAACAGACUCUGCGCAGGCCAUUGUUGUCACAUCGAGGUUUUGCAUCGAGUGCAAACAAGUACCAACACGGUGAGCGAAAACGGGGAAGAGGGCACAAUAAGCAAGAAAGAAAAGUCAAAAUCUUCAAUGGGUCAAUAAGACCAGAGUUGCCCGAGCGACCGCCAGAAGUGCGUUACGACUCUCGUCGCAGUGGACCACGGCAACAAAAAACGUGGAUACCUACCAAAACCAAUAACGAUACGACGAAUCCGGACCACGAGGCGGAACUCGAUGCGUGGGAAGAAGGCUCAAAGGUGUAUCCACCAGACAUGCCCGCCUUUGAAGCCGCGCUAAAAGCUAAUGACCGAGUCGGAGCCUGGUUAAAGUUCAGAGAUAUUAUCGUAGACGAAGGCGAACGUACCAAACUGACUAUACCGCAAUUAACGAAAUUGAUGAAGCUCCUUGUUCAACAUGAUCCACCAAAGACUGAAUUCAUGUACCAAGUCUUUGGCAUGAUGAAGCAACUGGGUCUUUCACCGACUACUCAAACCUUCAACCUGUUGAUGAGGGCCCAUGCGCAAGAAGGCAAAGUAGCAGAAGCGAGACGUGUGUUGACUGAGCUGGUUGCGGCUGGAUUGCAACCAGACAUGCAUACCUAUAACCUGUUCAUGAAGAUGUAUAUCGAAUCCGAUAAUCUGAAUGCCGCUGUCAAAUUUUUCAAUCGCAUGGUGGAAGAAGGCGUCGCCCCGGACGUAAUGUCAUAUAAUACGUUGAUUUCUGGUUUUGCGGCGGCUGAUCAGCCUGAGAUGGCCUGGAAAUACUACGAGGAAAUGACAGAUCUUGGUUACGAACCCAACGCGGUAACGUACACCCAUCUGAUCAAAAUGCACACGGCACAUCAGGACAUGGAGGCUGCGGAGAGAUGGUUUGCGGAGCUAAAACAGAGAAAGAUAGCGCCUGACAGUUUCAUAUACUCAGCCUUGAUGGGAGGUUAUGCACGACUGGGCGAUAAUGAGCGAGUCAAGGAGCUCUUUCGUGAAAUGGUCGACGCCGGAUUAGCACCUGACAGGCACAUUUACACCAUUGCUCUUCAUGCAAAGACAAAAGUGGGCGAUGUGGAGGGUGCCAUUCAAGAUAUUCGUGAGAUGAUAAAGGUGCAGAUACAACCGGACUCUGUAACGUAUCAAUCAUUGGCGUCUGCGUUGUGUAGUGCAGGUCGCAUCUUGGAUGCAGAGAAUCUUUUGAUAGAAAUGCGACGAAACGGUAACCAAAUCUUUCCGAGCAUUUACCGGACAAUAAUAGAGGCGUAUGCGAAUGCGGGACAAGUCGAGGACGCUGCGCGAGUUCUGGAACAAAUGCAGCUGGAUGGGACACCAGUCAAUGUGGCCAUGUUGAACGUUGUGCUAGAGGCAGCCGCCAGGACUUUCAAUACGGAAGUGAUGGAAACCUACUGGGACAAACUCCGGCUUGGGAUAGCGCCAGGUGUGAAACCGAACGCCAGAAGUUAUGGCAUCGUACUGGAAGGUUACAUUGUCGUAAACGACGCUGUAGCGGCAACCCGGAUCUUCAACGAAAUGAUACAGGCCAAUAUCGAGCCAGAACCAAAGAUCUCUGUUGCACUGAUCAAUGCCAAUGUACGCUCGAGGCGCUUGGUUCCAGCGGUGUCAGUCUUGUCAAGAAUGCGCCGGUCAGCAAAGUCUGAUGUACACUCGGUCGGACAGGCGUUCAUAGAGCACCGGGAUGAAUUUGAGAAGCUGAUGAUGACAUUGGGACAGGAGAUUGAGAAGAGCAGAGUAUCGGCGGAGAAGAAAUUGGAUGUAUCGCCUGUCGAGCGCAAGGAGGCGUUGCACAAGUGCGACCUGGUGAUUGCCCUGUACGAGGUGCUUACGUCUGGAGAUGUCGCACCACCAGAGCAGGCUUACCGAUACGCAAUGGAUGCACACAGACGGAAAGGUGACCCUAUAAACACUGUACGCAUCUUUACGGACUUGCAUCGGCUCAAGGAAGAGUCGGUCAUUGAUAUUACCGCUCCUACCGUCACUCUACUUUUGCGCACCGCCCUUGAGUUUAAACUGGACAAGGUAGCAAGAGAGGCAGUCAAGCUCGUCGAAAAUGCAAAGCUACCACUAGACAAGGACGGUUAUGCUGCAGUUUUGCAGCUUUUGGCUCGCAGCGGCAUGACGAGCAAGAUCAUGAGUACAAUGCUUGAUAUGGUUAACGCUGGAUACCCGUUGGACGGGGUAUUAUACAGUAAAAUCGUGAGAGCCCUUCGAGAGACUCGCUCCGUAGCUACUGGUGAGCAAAAAAAGUCACUUCGAAAUGUUGAGGGUACCUUGGGCAAAUUUGUGGAGGAGCACUUUCCAGAGUUGUUGGAAGAUGUAGAAAAGGAGGAACUAGAGUUCCGACAAUCACUUUUACCUUAGUGUUAUACAAACCUUUCAUGUAUAUUCUGGCACAAUAUGAAUUUAGCAUUUUUCUUCAUCAUAA